GAUAAUUACCAGUCUGAUAGAGUACAUAAAUAGCGCUUUAAAAACUAUAAGGUCGAUAGAAAUUGGUUGAAGUGCACGGCCAAAUAACAUCGUUCACCAAACUUGUUUGUGAUUGGAAUAUACAUAGAUAAUGGCAGCGGAAGCAAAAACUGAGCCACCAGUAAAUAAGGUUCCUGACUGGGUGCAAGGUGAACUAUUUGUAGAUGUUUUGAAAAAAUCCGUUAAGGGUUUCUCAAAAGUAAAGAGCUUCAAGGCCAACGCUGGCACUGCAGCAGGAGAAAACUACGCAACAAUAAUGCUCCGAAUUAAUAUAGACAUAGAACUGAAAGAUGGCAAAGAUAUGUCUGUAUCUUACAUGCUAAAGCUGCCCCAUCAGUUAGAGAUGUAUCAACAGAUGAUGAAACUGAAUAAUAUUUUUGAAACGGAAAACUAUUCGUACAAAGAAGUAGUUCCCGAGUUAGAGCAAUUAUACCGCGAUGUCGGUGUUGAUGUUAAAUUUGGUGCUGUAGCGUAUGAAUUAAAUGGAGCUAAAACUGAUAACAUACUUCUUGAGGAUCUGGCACCAAAAGGAUUCAAGAACAGUAAUCGUAUAAAAGGACUUGAUCAAGCUCACACUGAAGCAGCUCUUCGAAAGUUGGCACAAUGGCAUGCAGCAUCUGCAGUACGCGUUGCCACAAAGGGCGCUUAUCCAGAAAAGCUGGAGGUCGGGUUUUAUAGGGAAGAGACCAGGGCAUUAAUGGAUGAGUUCAAUAAGAGCAUAUCACAAAACUUUCUUAAGUGUCUAAAUACCUACGAGGGUAAUGAACUGUAUAUAGACCAUGUGAAAUCAGUUGAGCGUAAGAUUACCGACCAAAUAAUUAAAAUGGCUAAAGUUAAUCCACUAGAGUUUAAUGUAUUGAACCAUGGGGACUUCUGGAGCAACAAUAUAAUGUUCUCAUAUGACACUAGUGGUGAAAUUGAUGAAGUUUAUUUAGUAGAUUUCCAAAUGUUAAAGUAUGGUUCUGUUGCUCAAGAUUUGUACUAUUUUAUAUUUUCAUCAACAAAACUGGAGGAUAAAGUUGCCAAAUUUGAUUACUACAUCAAAUUUUAUCAUGAUAAUCUUGUGGCGAAUCUUAAGCUUUUAAAAUAUUUUAAAGCUAUUCCAACUUUGCGCGAACUUCACAAAACCCUUGUGAGCUAUGGAUUCUGGGGGUAUUUAGCUGCGACUGGAGUUAUGAGUGCAGUGUUAGUGGAUCCCACAGAGGAAGCUAGUUUUGAGAACUUCUUAAGCGAUUCUACAGAGGGAAAUCAUUUCAAGAACCUACUCUACUCAAAUCCACGUUAUAAGAAACAUAUACAAACAAUAUUACCCUGGUUAUUAAACCGAGGCUGUUUUGAAAUAUAAUCAAGCUUAAUGGAAUAGUAUACCAAGUAUAUACAUACAUACAUACAUAUAUGGGAGUACUUCAACAAAUUAUUGAUAAACAUGGUUUCGAGUAAUGCUUAUAUUUUUUAUAAUGUGACUCAUUUUCUUAUCAAAAAUACAAAACAAAAGAACAUCAAAUA